GGUGGCGGCAGGGCGAUGAGCGGGCCGCUGCUGGGCACGGCCGCCCCGCGAAAAGGGGCCGCAGCUCCCCCUGCCCUGCUGGCCGCGCCGGCUCGCAGACCGCCCGGGGCGGCCGGGCUGCGUGGCUCGGGAGCUGGCUGCGGGGGCUGGCCACGGGCACGGCUGUCCCUGCGCCCCACGCUUCGGGUUCUGGCGUGGGUGUGAGGGAAGGGGCCCAGCUGCACCCGGCUGUGCGCCAGGCGGCGUGCUGGCAGCUCUGCGCUGCGGGCCGCGAGCUGGCGGGGUGCUGCGGGCCGCCGCUAGUUUUCAGUACUAAUAAGCCUGAAAAGAACAAAUCUUACUGAGUCACCACGCCAAGCACAACAAUUCUGAAUAAAUUGUAGGAGUGAGUUUACCGAGCAGCGUGCUGUUUAUACAAACGCUGUUUCGAGAAGACAACUGCUCUGCAAAGUGAUACUGUAAGCGCUCAAAAGAUGGCAGAAAGCUGGUCUUUCUUGGAUAAUUUUGAACCUAACUUCACGCCCCUGGUAGUAAUUGAGCUUGCAAAAGGCACCAAAGAGGAAACCAUAGAAUGGUUCACUAAACGAAUUGUGGACAAAAAAGCAAAUGGAGGUGCACAGCUGCUGGUUAAACCAUUGGUCAUGGGAAAUGGAGAUAAAAAUAUUUAUCUCGUUGGAGCUUCCCACUUAAGGCUGUUGCUGGGAGCUGAAACUGUGGGUUUGGUGAAGGAAUGUAAUGAUAACUCAAUGAGAACUUUUACAUACAGCAGUAGAAAAACUUUCAAAUAUUUUGCAGAUGACAAUCACAAUUUCCUUACAAUGGCAGAAUGUCAGUAUAUCAUCAAGCAUGAACUCGAAAAUUUGAGAGCUAAAGAUGAAAAAAUGAUCCCAGGAUAUCCUCAGGCAAAGCUGUAUCCAGGAAAAUCAAUUGUGAGAAGAUUAUUGACCAGUGGUAUUCUAGUGCAGAUUUUCCCACUGCAUGAUAGAGAAGAGUUGAAAAAGCUCCGUCACAGCUGGUAUGGCCGAGUGAAAGUUGGCUAUCAACCUUUAGAUGAGAUACGCUGCUACUUUGGUGAAACCAUUGCUCUCUACUUUGGCUUCUUAGAGUACUUCACAUUUGCCUUGAUUCCAAUGGCUGUCAUAGGGAUUCCUUAUUAUGUGUUUGCAUGGGAAGACUAUGACAAAUAUGUGAUGUUUGCCACAUUCAAUCUGCUCUGGUCUACUGUGAUACUGGAAGUUUGGAAGCGGAUUUGUGCCAUCAUGACAUAUCGCUGGGGGACACUGUUGAUGAAACGACAGUUUGAAGAACCAAGACCAGGCUUUCAUGGUGUUCUGGGUAUCAAUCCUGUCACUGGGAGGGAGGAACCAGUGUACUCAAGUAUUAAGAGACAGAUGAGGAUUUAUCUGGUGUCCUUACCAUUUGUGUGCCUUUGCCUCUACUUCUCACUUUAUGUGAUGAUGAUUUACUUUGAUUUGGAACAGUGGGCUCUGGAUUAUCAUGAGGAGAAUGAGUCUAACUUCAGCAGCUUGAUGCUGUUUGUGCCCAGUAUCAUAUACGCUGUUGUGAUUGAAAUUAUGAACCGUAUCUAUCGGUAUGCUGCGGAAUUUUUAACAUCAUGGGAAAAUCACAGGCUGGAAUCUUCGUAUCAGAAUCAUUUGGUACUGAAGGUUUUAGUGUUCAACUUCUUAAAUUGUUUUGCAUCUCUUUUCUACAUUGCUUUUGUGCUGUUUGACAUGAAGCUUUUGAGGCAGAGCUUGGCCACUUUGCUGAUAACUUCGCAGAUCCUUAAUCAGUUUGCAGAAUCCUUGCUUCCUUACUGGCUCCAAAAGCGACAUAAGAAGAGGAUCAAGAAACGCAUGUGUUCUCUGAAAACAGAUACGGACCUGUCAUUAGUCGAACAAAUCAACUUGGAGAAAGAAAUGGGCACCUAUUUUGGUACUUUUGAUGAUUAUCUGGAGUUGUUCUUACAGUUUGGCUAUGUGAGUCUUUUCUCAUGUGUUUAUCCACUGGCAGCCGUCUUUGCAGUGUUAAACAACAUCACAGAGAUAUAUUCUGAUGCUUUAAAGAUGUGUAGAGUUUACAAGCGUCCAUUUGCAGAACCCACAGCAAAUAUUGGUGUUUGGCAGUUGGCUUUUGAAACUAUGAGUGUGAUAUCUGUUGUUACUAAUUGCAUACUGAUUGGAAUGUCUCCACAAGUGAAUGCCCUUUUCCCAGACUCAAAAAUGGACCUUAUUCUGACUGUGGCACUGGUAGAGCACUUGCUACUAGCAAUAAAGUUUAUCAUGGCAUUUGUAAUUCCGGAUAAACCAAAACAUAUCCAGAUAAAACUAGCCAAAUUGGAAUUUGAAUCUCUAGAGGCUCUCAAACAACAGCAAAUGAAGCUUGCGGCUGAGUCACUGAAGGAGUAAACAUGAAGGAAUGAGGAUGACUAAAGCAGUCACAUGUGAAUGUGGGCACUUCUUGAGCGUUUGUUUAUGAUGAUGUAUAGCUCUCAGAGUGUGCACUCUACCAUCUAUUGAGUAGGUGGUACCUGCUUAUAUGAUACUUGGUAAAUAUUCUUUGCCUUAUGCUGUAAGAAAAGUAUUUUCUCCUGCUCUCUUUGUUUCUUACAUGCAACUGUUCAUGAAGCUAACACCAAAUAAAACACUCCAGCUUAUGCAAAGUCUGGUUGAAAUCUGCCAGACUCACCGUGCUUCAAGUGAUUGAAAACAGAUCCUGUGAGCAAGCGUCCAGAAAUGACUGGAGUUUUCAACUGCAACUUUGUAAAAGAAAAAAGAAGGUAGACUAGUGUUUAAUUCACAGUGUAAUGUCUCUUUGGGGUCAUUGCCCCUUUUGUUCCUUUAUUACAAUAGCUAAUCAAUCCUGUAUUAUUUCAAAGACUUGCUUAUUAGCUGCUGUUUGCACAUAGCAAAUUAAUUUAAAUAUUUUAUACAUUGCAUAAUGAAAUACAUGAUUGUUCCCUGUAUGAUCUGAGAAAAAGCUGAACAUUAUAUAAUGCAUACUUUGUAAUAUUUCUCCCGUGUGCUACUUACCUAAAUAAGCCCCUGCUAAAGUCUUUUCAAAAGCUGGGUAAAAAGCAUUUUGUAGGAAACAGAUUGCUGAUCAGUAAUGUAUGAAGUGUAUUUAUUUUUUAAUUUACAUUAGAUUUUCCUAUCAUUUCCCUGGACCUUGAACUGCAGUAUUGUAUGAAUGCAUCUUCUGGUUAAAUGAACUGCUAGUAACAGAUCAAUUAAACCUGGCACUUGAUACACCA